GGCUGUCCGCGCCACUGCUCCCGGGCCAGUGCCGCGCCCAGUCCCGCCGCGGGCCGCGCGCCCACUGCUCCCCUCCCCCAGCCCGGUCGUCGCGCCGCCAGCUCCCGCCGCCGCCCCCGCCACCCUCCUCGCCGGUAGGAAUUGCGCGGCCACAGCGCCGCUCGCGUCGCCCGCAUCCGCGCCGCCCGCUGCAGCCCGGCCCUCGGCGUCGCUCCGAGUCCCGGCUUCCACGGCCGCCGCGCGGCCAGGGCGCCCCUCCGCUUGCGCCCCCUCCGCGCGCCGUCGCCCCCAGCUCUCUCGCCUCCCCUCUUCUGGGUCUCGCCAGCCCCUUCCUGCCACCGCCGCCGCCUCUGGAGGAGCCGGUCCACCGCGGGUCACCAUGCCCAGCAAAACCAAGUACAACCUUGUGGACGAUGGGCACGACCUGCGGAUCCCCUUGCACAACGAGGACGCCUUCCAGCACGGCAUCUGCUUCGAGGCCAAGUAUGUCGGAAGCCUGGACGUGCCGAGGCCCAACAGCAGAGUGGAGAUUGUGGCUGCCAUGCGUCGGAUCCGGUAUGAGUUUAAAGCCAAAAACAUCAAGAAGAAGAAGGUGAGCAUUAUGGUUUCAGUGGAUGGAGUGAAAGUGAUUCUGAAGAAGAAGAAAAAGCUUCUUUUAUUGCAGAAAAAGGAGUGGACGUGGGAUGAGAGCAAGAUGCUGGUGAUGCAGGACCCUAUCUACAGGAUCUUCUACGUCUCUCACGAUUCCCAAGACUUGAAGAUCUUCAGCUAUAUCGCUCGAGAUGGUGCCAGCAAUAUCUUCAGGUGUAACGUCUUUAAAUCCAAGAAGAAGAGCCAAGCUAUGCGAAUCGUCCGGACGGUGGGGCAGGCCUUCGAGGUCUGCCACAAGCUGAGCCUACAGCACACGCAGCAGAAUGCCGACGGCCAGGAAGAUGGGGAGAGUGAGAGGAACAGCAACAGCUCAGGGGACCCAGGCCGCCAGCUCACCGGAGCCGAGAGGGCCUCCACGGCCACCGCAGAGGAGACGGACAUCGACGCAGUUGAGGCCCCGCUCCCAGGGAAUGAUGCCCUGGAAUUCAGCCGAGGUGUGACUGACCUCGACGCGGUAGGGAAGGAAGGAGGCUCCCACACAGACUCCAAGGUCUCAGCCCGACCCCAGGAGCCCAUGCUGACAGCCUCGCCCAGGAUGCUCCUUCCCUCGUCUUCCUCGAAGCCCCCGGGCUUGGGCGUGGGCACGCCGCUGUCCACCCAGCACCAGAUGCAGCUCCUCCAGCAGCUCCUCCAGCAGCAGCAGCAACAGACACAAGUGGCUGUGGCCCAGGUUCACUUGCUGAAGGACCAGCUGGCUGCUGAGGCUGCGGCGCGGCUGGAGGCCCAGGCUCGCGUGCACCAGCUCCUGCUACAGAACAAGGACAUGCUUCAGCACAUCUCUCUGCUGGUGAAGCAGGUGCAGGAGCUGGAGCUGAAGCUGUCGGGACAGAACGCCAUGGGCUCCCAGGAUAGCUUGCUGGAGAUCACCUUCCGCUCUGGAGCUCUUCCCGUGCUCUGUGACCCCACGACCCCGAAGCCAGAGGACCUGCACUCGCCGCCCCUGGGCACGGGCUUGGCCGACUUCGCCCACCCGGUGGGCAGCCCCUUAGGUAGGCGCGACUGCUUGGUGAAGCUGGAGUGCUUCCGCUUUCUCCCGCCCGAGGACACCCCGCCCCCUGCUCAGGGUGAGCCGCUGCUGGGCGGCCUGGAGCUCAUCAAGUUCCGAGAGUCAGGCAUCGCCUCGGAGUACGAAUCCAACACGGACGACAGCGAGGAACGCGACUCGUGGUCCCAGGAGGAGCUGCCCCGCCUGCGGAACGUCCUGCAGAGGCAGGAGCUGGGCGACAGCCUGGACGAUGAGAUCGCCGUGUAGGUGCUGUGGUGCUAGCAGGCGGAGGCCGUGGCCGAGGUGUGGAGGGCCAAGUCUGGCUGCUGCCCGGGUAGGGCCUGCCGGCGAAUGCGCACUGCUGAGGAUACCCAGGGGCCCCGAAGCGAUUACAGUUUCAGAAAAGGAUUAGGGUUUUGUUUUGGAGGGUCAAGUGGGGAAGACAUUGGAUUCCCAGAAGUGAAUCAGGUCCUGCCUCCUGCUUGCGACUACUGGGUGGGUGGGGGUUGGGCAAGGGGCCUCUCAGAGGCCAUGGCUUUGGGAGAGGGUCCCUCUUGAGGACCACCAGGCUGCUGAAGGACCUGCUCCCUGCCUGCUGCAUCAUCAGGUUCCCCUGCUCUGUCGUGUGACGCCCCCUCGCCCACCCCCCACUUCUGUGGUCCCGACUAUGAAGGGAAGCCGUCGGUACCUUCUCAGGUACUUUGUGUUUGGAUAUCAGGAUGCUACCAGUUGCCUAACUCGCCCCUGACCUUCGUGGGAGGAAUUCCUUCUCUAGGCCCUUGCAAAGAUUGUAGACGUCGAAUGCUUUAGGCUGAAAGACAGGAUAGUCCUUUCAGUGUGAACGUGGAAUUGGGAUGUGUCACAUUGCGGGGAUAAGCUUUCAGAUGAAUUGGAUCCAAUCACUUUAUCUAGGUGGGCUUCAGGUGUUGCUACUGAGGGAGACUGGGAGUUUACUGUCAUUCAGGCCCUUGCCGUGAAAGCCCGUGGGGAGGACAACCUCUUGCCUGCCCCAGAUCACUUAGGUCUGAUUCCUCAGUGUGGAUGCCCUGCCCACCUCCUGCCUGAAAGUCCAGCUCAUCCACAUGGAGGCUGGAAAGCUGCCCUCUCUCCCCUGUGUCCUGCCUCAGGGGCUGUGCCAGCUGAAGCUUUUUUAGCACUCUUGCCUCUAUAAAAGCCUCAGAGACCCGGAGCCCCCAGCCUUACCUCUCAACCUGUCCCUUCCACUGGGCAGUAGUGGUCAGUUUUUACUGC